UAGAAAAUGCUAGGUCUGAGCGAAGCAAGAGCUGAGAACAAGGCCAGCAACACACAGAGCUCUGUGUAUUCAGAGGGAAGUUGGCAGGGUUGUGCCCGGGCAGAGAAACUCCGAGUGGUACAAAGGGACGUGCCCGGAGUGGAGAAAUCAUGCUAAUUGUCUGCACCAGAGCUGGAGAACGCCACCCAAAAUGAAGAGAGAAAGGGGAGCCCUGUCAAGAGUCUCCAGGGCCCUGCGCCUAGCUCCUUUUGUCUACCUGUUUCUCAUCCAGCCAGUCCCCCUGGAGGGGGUGAACAUCACCAGCCCCAUACGUCUGAUCCAUGGCACGGUGGGGAAGUCGGCUCUGCUUUCCGUGCAGUACAGUAGCACCAGCAGCGACAAGCCGGUGGUGAAGUGGCAGCUGAAGCGUGACAAGCCAGUGACUGUCGUGCAGUCCAUAGGCACAGAGGUCAUUGGCACUCUGCGGCCUGACUAUCGAGACCGUAUCCGGCUCUUUGAAAAUGGCUCCUUGCUUCUCAGCGACCUGCAGCUGGCAGAUGAGGGAACCUAUGAAGUGGAGAUCUCCAUCACUGAUGACACCUUCACUGGGGAGAAGACCAUCAACCUCACCGUGGAUGUGCCCAUUUCAAGGCCACAGGUGUUAGUGGCUUCAACCACUGUUCUGGAGCUCAGUGAGGCCUUCACCCUCAACUGCUCCCAUGAGAAUGGCACCAAGCCUAGCUACACCUGGCUGAAGGAUGGCAAGCCCCUCCUCAAUGAUUCCCGAAUGCUCCUGUCCCCUGACCAAAAGGUGCUCACCAUCGCCCGCGUACUCAUGGAGGAUGACGACCUGUACAGCUGCGUGGUGGAGAACCCUAUCAGCCAGGUUCGAAGCUUGCCUGUCAAGAUCACCGUAUACAGAAGAAGCUCCCUCUAUAUCAUCUUGUCUACAGGAGGCAUCUUCCUCCUUGUGACCCUGGUGACAGUCUGUGCCUGCUGGAAACCUUCCAAAAAGUCCAGGAAGAAGAGGAAGUUGGAGAAGCAGAACUCCUUGGAAUACAUGGAUCAGAAUGAUGACCGCCUAAAAUCAGAAGCGGACACCCUACCCCGAAGUGGCGAACACGAGCGGAAGAACCCGAUGGCACUGUAUAUUCUGAAGGACAAGGACUCCCCGGAGCCCGAUGAGAACCCCGCUGCAGAGCCUCGGAGCACCACAGAGCCCGGCCCUCCUGGCUACUCCGUGUCCCCGCCUGUGCCCGGCCGCUCUCCGGGGCUGCCCAUCCGCUCAGCCCGCCGCUACCCGCGCUCCCCAGUGCGCUCGCCCGCCGCUGGCCGAACACACACGUCGCCACCCCGGGCCCCGAGCUCGCCCGGCCGCUCGCGCAGCUCCUCGCGCACACUGCGGACUGCUGGCGUGCACAGGAUCCGCGAGCAGGACGAGGCUGGGCAGGUGGAGAUCAGUGCCUGAGCCGCCCCAGGAGCCCGCACCGGUUGCCCCACGGUGUGCUGCCCGCGGCCGGGGGAGGCUGAGAAGUCCGGGUGCCUCUGGCCAGGGCUGAGGGUAGAUUGUGGCCUGAUCCCCGUUUAGGGUGUGAGCUUGCGCAAACGCAUGGAGCGCUGAUCUCGGUGUUAAGCCCGGUAGCAUGUGCGCUGGGUUUACUGGCUGUGUUCUUUGGCUGUGUUCUCAGUGGGCAUGAGCUGUGCCCUCUUAGGACUACGUAGAUUAUUAAAUUUCCGGCCCAAUCCCUAAAGAAUUUUAUGGAAACUAACAAUAAUUUUACCCAGUAAGACGACCCUAUGCGCGCGCGAGCGCACACACACACACACACACACACACACACACACACACCCGGGAGCGUUUAUCCACCUCCCAACCCCACAUGCCUCCUACGAUCCCGAAAAUUUGUGGUACCCCUGGUCUGAGCCCAAAUUCGAGGCCGCUUAUCCCCAAAUGCCCACUGACGUGAACUAAAGACAAGUCAGAUGCUGGUUCCUGGGUGUACAGGACCCGUUCUGAUCACAAAGGAGUCAUUUUCUUAAGACCUUUUCUGGACACCUGCUUCCCUGUCUCCUCCUCUUGGUAAGGGUGAAUCCCGGGUGCAGUCCUAGGACCCUGGGAACCUGGGACUAGUCAAAGACAAAAUAUCAGGGCCCCAGUGGUUGGUGGCAUCCAAUGGCUUCUUCAAAAGCGUGCCAUACUGGUCUUUCUUCCUGUCUGUGUUCAUGAGAAAGUGGGUGGGCUUGUUCCUGGCGUUCUUACAAACCAAGCUUUUCAAUCAUCCUCAGGAAGGUUGAGGAGUUCCUUCGAGCUGUAAAAAUAAUAAGAUUCUACUCUCCAGAUAAACCUGGAAAGAGGAAGAAGCUUACCUCUUCCCCAGCAUGUCAAAACAACCUUGGCCCACCCGCUAGCCUCACGCUUUCCACCUGCCUUGCCCCUAGAUGCGCAGAACCAAGGACAGUGGACAGAGCCAGCUCCCUAAUCUGUACUAAAGUCAGGAGACUAAGGGGCUGGGCCACCUCCAGGCCAUCACCUCUUUGGGCAUUUUGGAAAAAAGAAAACAAUGUACUGCGUGAAGACAGAAAGCACAUAAAUAGCUGAGAGAGGAAGGUCCUGGGCUGUCUGCCCUCUCUUCCUUAAUGCCCCCAGAGACCCCUGCAUCUCUUGUCCCUCCUCAACUCCUAAACUUUGCCUUUGCUUCUGCAUUAUCCGAUGAACAACUCCCAAGGUCCAUAUGCAUCACCUCCACACCAGAACACACUUUGCCCCAGCCCUGCAGGCACCAAAAUUUCUAGAUUGCCUGCAUCUCCCAACCCCACCCACAUGUCUCUCAGUUCCCCUGCUCAUGUGGCAAGCUGUCUGCAGCUAUCCUUACUUAGCCAGAACCCACAAUCCACUAACCUUCCCAGGUGCCUCAGCCACCAUAAACUAGUGCAUGUAGGUGAUAGUGCAGGCAGGUCAGGGUAUGUAAGCGUUGGAAAAGGGCUCCCUGUUCAUCAGCCUUGAAGUACAGGAGCGAGGGAGAGGGUGCGAUGAGAGCAUGCCACAUCCUGGUGCUGAAGCCUGGUGGGGCUGGCUUCCCAGACUCAAGCCAAAUUUGCCUUGAAUCGGGGGUAAGUAAGAAAGUGGGUUUUUGUUUUUGUCUUGCUUUGUUUUGAUCUUUGUAUUACCAGCAUCUAGCAGAGUGCAUAGCACAAACUGGAUGCUCAAUAAACUUUCAAUGAAAUGAAAUAAUUUUAUUUCCACAUAAGCAAACUGAACAAAUGUACAGCCUAAAUGUACAAGCUAUAUCCUUUUUCUCUUGCUUUUGUAAAACCUCCUUUGCUUUCUUUCCAAAUUGCAAGUCAUCCAUUCCCAAGCCAUCCCUUUCACUCACUCACUCAUUCAUUCAUUCCUAUGUUAUCUUAGUUACCAAACAUUUAUUUGUGUAUCUUAGUUACUAAACAAACAUUUAUAUUGUUGACUAUAUCCCAAGCGCAGGGUAAUGGUGUAAUUAUGCCAUGACUUCUACCCAGAAAACAAUCUCAUAGGAGAAGUCAGUAAGUGAACAGAUUGUUAUAACACAGUGUGUAAAAACAAUAACAGAAACAGAUCUAAGAUACUCAGGGAACAAAUAUCAGGGGUUACAAAAGGAGGACAUAUUCCAAGUGUGUGUAAAAGUUUUGGGUGGACAAUACACAUGGGGAAUUCAGAAUACUGAGCCAUUAAAAUGGAUAGCAUUAUUUUAGGAUAAUGUAUAGAGCAGAAAGUGGUAAAAAUUUGAUAGGCCUCUGGGACCUCAGAUAGUGUAUUUUGUGGAGUUGAGUUGAGAAGGCUAAAAAGGCAUAUCAAGAAAGGUCGAAAUGUAGGUGAAAAGGCCUUCACACACUCCAAGAAGAGGCUUUCAAGUGGAACAAGUGUGAUGGUGCAUGCCUAUAAUCUUAGUGCUUGGAAAGCUGAAACAGGAGGACCUCAAGGUCAAGACCAGCUGAAGCACAUAGAGACACCCCGUCUCAAAGAAACGGAAGGAGAAGGAGGGUCGGGUGAUAGAAUAGUCAGGACUUUUGAAGGUUCUGUGUAUAAAAAGGAAUUCAAAGUAAUUAGGGAUUGGCAUGCUUGUGUAGCAUUUGAUUCCUAGGAAAGAAGAUGAGUCCUUAAGUUUGAUCCCCAGGAAAGAAGAAAAAAGAAUCAUAAAAGAAAUACACACACACACACACACACACACACACACACACACAUUAAAUUUGGCAACAAAGGAGCCAUUUAGCUGCUUGGCAUAUGGAGUUGCAGCCAUGAGCAAGAGUUAAAGCCAGACUGUAACAGGUGAGUCAUGACUGACACAGUUGAGACUGGACACUUGAGACUGGGUAUUUGAAAGGCCUUCCUGUUUCAGAGCAUCUUGAUCCUGCCUGAAUACAGUAUAUUUAGUUUGUAUUACCAGGAGAAACUUCCAGGGAACAGAAACAAAAUAAAAGCAUGACAGAUCCAGAGUGCUUUAGUACUAAUAAAAUAUGGAAUUACCCUGCAUAUUUUGCAUUAGAAUUGUACUGAAAAAUUGUGUCUAGCCCAUUGGUGAGGUAAGAAGAGCUGGACCUCAGACAUGUAGAUUGUUGAUGACCUAGAAAGGGGGUUUCCCUGCUGGAGGCACUUAAGACAGCUGGUGAAUGAAACUGCUAAUCUUCUGUGGAGAAAAGCACUUUGAAUUUUCUGUUAUUAAAACAAAUCAAAGAUGAGUUAACUGUUGUGGUGAUACCUGUAAUGUCAGCACCUGGGAUAUUGAUGAAGGUGGGUCAUGGGAUUCAGGCCAGCCUGGGCUACACAGUAAAGCCUUAUCCCACGCAGUGGGGAGAAUUAACAAAAACAACCACAAAAAGGGGUGGGUCAGUAAAUAUACAUGGAAAUAAAUCACCAUGACUAUUUAAGAUGCAAUAGAUUCAAACCCACAAAGCCUUAAGAUGAUGGCGUUAUCAGGUAAGAAAGAAUGACGGAAUGCUGAAAAGAACAGAAGACAUCAAUAACCAAGCAACUGUAAAGAUUGUAAUAGUGAUCAAGUUGGAAAAGGGACAAGGUGAAUUUUCGUAAAUAAAAAUAAGGUUUGUGUGAUGGCUCAGCAGGAUAAGACACUUGACAUAAAGGCUGAUAUCCUGAGUUUGAUCCCCAGAACGUAUGUGUUGGAAGGAGAAAACUGACUUCUACCGGUAGCCCUCUGAGCUGCAUGUGGAUGCAGUGACACACUCACACACACACACACCCAGACACACAACACAAAUUAAUGUAAUAUGUAACAGCAUGGUCUGGUGCCUUGUAUCUGAUUGUUAAUUAUUUUGCUCCCCCAUAUCUGCUUCCUGUCUUUUAUGAACAGACAGUCUCGUACCCCAAAAUGACAUUUGUAACCUUGCCUAAGAAAUUAUUCCUGAUUGGCUGAAUAAAAAGGCCUACACCUGGGAAGGGCAGACCUGAGGGGCAGAGCUAAGGUUCUUGGACUUUGGGGACUGAAGGAUCAUGUGAGAGAAAGACAGGUAGAGGGGAGAGAAGGAGACAGAGCCUCUAUGGGUUAGGAUAGAGAGAAGCACGUGGCCGGAUUAGUGUGGGUAGAGGAAAGCAGCCCGGAUGAAAAGAAUAAGCAAGUGUUUAUGGAAUUAUGGAUCGGAAGUAGCCCAGAUAGAAAUUAUCAGAGUAAUUGGCAUGGGAUGGGGACUGGAAGGUAAUUAGGUAGCUUAGGGGUUAAUAUCUGCCCAGCCCCAGGUAAA